AUGUCUCCCGAUGAGCUAAAAUUGCUAGCAUAUCACCAAGAAAUAGAAAUUCAUCCCUUAACAAAUUUGCCGACUCUUCAUCUCCUUGAGACCGAUUACGGUCCCUUGACACCCCAUAGUCCUGCAAAAGUGCCCAUACAUACCGCUCUAUUCCUCCACAAGUCCAAUCUAUGCAAAAUUCCGCUUCCAUUCUUCCUCACACUUGAUUACCUGGAAGAUGUCAAGCAGCAGGAGAAGAAUAAUGAAAAUGAGUAUGCUUCGAUCUACCCGUACAUAUUUGAGGUAUACGAUGAUAUUCUACGAUGUGUUGAUUGUAAUGUGGAGGAGAUAAGAAUGGUUCUUAGUGAGAUAAGAGAUGUUAGGAUGGAGAAGAGCAGAAGGGGACUGGUUGGUAUUGAUGGACGAGCAUUGAACUUGAACAAUUUGACUGUUUACGAGUAUGAACAGAUUAAGAGUGUGCUCUUGGAUGGGAUGGAGAUGGCGUUGCGGAUGGAGAAAUAGUGAGGAUGACGAGCAGAUGGAAAUCGUAGAGAACAGAGAUGUAAUACGGUACGACGGGUAGAUGGAAAGCGUAGAGAACAGGGAUGUAAUACGGUACGACGAGUAGAUGGAAAUCGUAGAGAACAGGGAUGUAAUACGG